UUAAAUUAACUACAAGUUAAUCGAUUUUUAUUGAUCACAAUGACAUCUUCGUCAAAUUUUACGACUGAAACAGCAAAAGUUGCAUUGGCGGAUGUUUUAACUGCCUUAGAAGCUCCUGAAAAUGUACAAAAACUUGCUACUGCUAAAGAAAAUUCUGGCAACGAAGUACUGAAAACAAUGCAAUUUGUUUUCCCAGCCGUAAUGCAAAUACAAAAUGAAGUUAUAAAAAAAUAUGGUUUUUCUGAGGGGAGGGAAGGCGCUGUACAAUUUGCACAGCUGAUUAGGUCUUUAGAAAAAGAAGAUAUCGAAGUAGCAAAAUUACAUGCACAAGUGCGCUCUUAUUUUCUUCCAAGUACACCGGUUAAUUCUUCGACCGAUACAUCUAUAGUUUAAAUCAACUGGGUUAAAUAUAUCCUUCAUGUUGGCACCAAUAAAGAUGUUCUCUACACAAAUAAAAGGAUAAAGGAUAUUUCUAGUGUACAUCCACUAGAAAUAUGUUAUAUUUGAUUUUAAAUAUAAUAAAG